GACUAUGACGACUCGGGACUACAAGUCCCGGCAUGCAUCUCUCCGCGUCUAUCGCAAAACCUUUCAACUUUAGGAUAAAAGGGCUUUUGGCAACCUUGAGCGUCGGGACCUGUAGUCGCCCCAGUUGGGGCUAGACGCUUGCCGUAGGGAACUCAUUGGCGCCCAGGGCACCACCCCCUCGCCUUCGCCUCACGUAGCUUCACCAGCUCGUAAACACGGCGCGUGCCUACGCCCUCCGCCCCCUCCCCGGGCCUAGGGCGCAGGCGCGCGCAAGCUCCCCGGGCCCCGUAGGCUGGGGGUGGGGGGAGAAGGGGAAGGGAGGGGGGGUUGGGUGUCUACUGUGGUGAAUAGACGGCUGUGGGGCAGAGAAGCGUGAAGGCCUGGCUGCCGGGCAGGUGAACUCUCCACGGGGUCUAGGGCCCGCGAAAGGGUUCGGAACCGAGUCAGCGCGCCUUGCGGGCAGGAUUCACGCCGCUGUGACCCGGAGGUCCUCAAGGGGCGAAGCCCCGGCCUAGGCCUCGCGGAGAUGCCCAGCUGCGGUGCUUGUACUUGCGGCGCGGCGGCCGCCCGGCUCAUCACCUCCUCACUCGCCUCCGCGCAGAGAGGUAUUUCUGGUGGUCGCAUUCAUAUGUCAGUUUUAGGAAGGCUUGGGACAUUUGAAACUCAGAUUCUGCGAAGAGCUCCUCUUAGAUCCUUUACAGAAACACCAGCAUACUUUGCCUCAAAAGAUGGGAUAAGUAAAGAUGGUUCUGGAGAUGGAAAUAAGAAAUCAGCAAAUGAGGGAAGUAGUAAGAAAUCAGGCUCUGGGAAUUCUGGGAAAGGUGGAAACCAGCUGCGCUGUCCUAAAUGUGGCGACUUGUGCACACAUGUAGAGACCUUUGUAUCAUCCACCCGUUUUGUCAAGUGUGAAAAGUGUCAUCAUUUUUUUGUUGUGCUAUCUGAAGCAGACUCAAAGAAAAGCAUAAUUAAAGAACCUGAAUCAGCAGCAGAAGCUGUAAAAUUGGCAUUCCAACAGAAACCACCACCUCCCCCUAAGAAGAUUUAUAACUACCUCGACAAGUAUGUUGUUGGCCAGUCAUUUGCUAAGAAGGUGCUUUCAGUUGCUGUGUACAAUCAUUAUAAGAGAAUAUAUAAUAAUAUCCCAGCUAAUCUGAGACAGCAAGCAGAGGUUGAGAAGCAGACAUCAUUAACACCAAGAGAGUUAGAAAUAAGAAGACGGGAGGAUGAGUACAGAUUUACAAAAUUGCUUCAGAUUGCUGGAAUUAACCCACAUGGUAAUGCUUUAGGAGCAUCAAUGCAGCAACAGGUAAAUCAACAAAUACCUCAGGAAAAACGAGGAGGUGAAGUAUUGGAUUCUUCUCAUGAUGACAUAAAACUUGAAAAAAGUAAUAUUUUGCUGCUUGGACCAACUGGGUCAGGUAAAACUCUGCUGGCACAAACCCUAGCUAAAUGCCUUGAUGUCCCUUUUGCUAUCUGUGACUGUACAACUUUGACUCAGGCUGGAUAUGUAGGCGAAGAUAUUGAAUCUGUGAUUGCAAAACUACUCCAAGAUGCCAAUUAUAAUGUGGAAAAAGCACAACAAGGAAUUGUCUUUCUGGAUGAAGUAGAUAAGAUUGGCAGUGUGCCAGGCAUUCAUCAAUUACGGGAUGUAGGUGGAGAAGGCGUUCAGCAAGGCUUAUUAAAACUACUAGAAGGCACAAUAGUCAAUGUUCCAGAAAAGAAUUCCCGAAAGCUCCGUGGAGAAACAGUUCAAGUUGAUACAACAAACAUCCUGUUUGUGGCAUCUGGUGCUUUCAAUGGUUUAGACAGAAUCAUCAGCAGGAGGAAAAAUGAAAAGUAUCUUGGAUUUGGAACACCAUCUAAUCUGGGAAAAGGCAGAAGGGCUGCAGCUGCUGCAGACCUUGCUAAUCGAAGUGGGGAAUCAAAUACUCACCAAGACAUUGAAGAAAAAGAUCGGUUAUUGCGUCAUGUGGAAGCCAGAGAUCUGAUUGAGUUUGGCAUGAUUCCUGAGUUUGUGGGACGGUUGCCUGUGGUGGUUCCAUUGCAUAGCCUAGAUGAGAAAACACUUGUACAAAUAUUAACUGAGCCACGAAAUGCUGUUAUUCCUCAGUACCAGGCCUUAUUCAGCAUGGAUAAGUGUGAACUGAAUGUUACUGAGGAUGCUUUGAAAGCUAUAGCCAGAUUGGCACUAGAACGAAAAACAGGUGCACGAGGCCUUCGGUCCAUAAUGGAAAAGCUGUUACUAGAACCAAUGUUUGAAGUCCCUAAUUCUGAUAUCGUAUGUGUGGAGGUUGACAAAGAAGUAGUAGAAGGAAAAAAGGAACCAGGAUACAUCCGGGCUCCAACAAAAGAAUCCUCUGAAGAGGAGUAUGACUCUGGAGUUGAAGAAGAAGGAUGGCCCCGCCAAGCAGAUGCUGCAAACAGCUAAACUGUCAUAUUGCUGUCUUGUAUAUACAGCUUUUCCUUCUUUUGUUUAGGAUCAUAAUUGUCUCUACAGUCUGAUAUUAAAGGCAUUGGAUCUAUCUUGGAUAUCAUACAUGGUCAGAGAAGCCUUUAGGAGAAGAAUCAGAUCAUGUAUAUAAUUGUAACAUCACAUUGAUUUUACGGAGGAUGUUAUAUGGACUUUAAUGACACAAUGUUUAGAGAUAAAAUGUACAUUAUUUUGGUUCAGUUUUUUAAAAAAAUGCUUUAACAAAAUUCUUAGGAAUUCUUUUAAGCAAUGCAGGUAUUGCGAUAACUGUAGAUUUUACAAUAAUGUUACUCUACAAAUGGGAAAAUAAAUUCUUUAAAAUUGAA